AUGGGGUUUUUGGGGCAGUUGUAAGUUUGCAAUCAAUCCUAUUUCUUGCACUAUUUGAGUCACACUUCUAUAAGACUACGUGUAAAAUGUGAAAGAAAUUACAUAGCUUGGAAUGUGAUCCUGACUCUGAACACAUACUUGGCAGCAUGCUGACGAAAGCAAAUUAAAGAAAAUAUUCGGAUCCUUGUGAACACAAAAAUGAAAAUGGAUGUUAUGGUAAAUUUGACCAAAGAAUUAAAUGUUGUACCUAACAUGACUUCCUAAACAUACUAGCAACUUUUUAUGCCAGCAAGUCUAAGUAACCUUUCACCUACAAAGAGAAAUUAAAUUAAAUCUUCAUAUAAAGCAAAUGAAAAAAAUUUCAUAUACCAAAAACAUCCUUGUGAGGAUUAAUGCUCUCUGAAUGCCCACAACUGCCAUUAUCAGCACGGUGAAGGGCAUUCUCCAGAGCGUCACUCGUCAAACUGAAGUGAUACCAACCUUACUUGGAAACUGAAAGGACAUAUAAAAGAAAAAAGUUCCACAUUUCAAUGCGAUUUCUAACUCCUCCCCUGUCAUCCUUCUAGUGAAAGCAGAGGCCUAAAAAAAAAAAAAAAAAAAAAAAUGCCUCCUGAAGACGAGGAUUCCGAGAUCACCCUCCUGAGAAGAGAACUGGAAGCUUCAAUGGCGAGGACUAGAUCCCUGGAAAAAGAAAAUGGGGAACUGAGACAAGAAGUGGUCAGACUCAGAGCACAAAUUAGCACCCUUAAAGCAUACAACAAUGAGAGGAAAUCCAUGCUCUGGAAGAAGCUACAAAACUCCAUGGAUAACAACUACAUUGAUGUAGCCCCACAGAAACCAUCUCUUUCUGUUAAUCUGUCAGGGCAGAGUCCAGCAGUAGAGAAACUACAUCCAAGACAAGAUUUGUCAGAUUCAGCAGCCAUAAAGGAAAGACCAGGGAGAGUCCCUAAUCCACCACCACGACCUCCUGUUUUAACCUCUCCAGUUUCACCUAAGGAAGGAGGAGAAUAUAAAGUGUCACCAGCACCAGCACCACCACCUCCACCAUUGCCCUUGAAAUCACCAGUUGGGUUGAAAGCAGUGCGGCGUGUGCCAGAUUUGAUGGAGCUGUACCGUUCACUUACAAGGAAAGAUGUUCAUCCGGAGCAUAAAACUAGUCCUGCAGGUGUUCCAGCAUUUGCACUUACCAAGAACAUGAUUGGUGAAAUUGAGAAUCGAUCAACUUAUAUUUCAGCGGUAAAAUCAGAGGUUGAAACACAAGCAGAAUUUAUCAACUUUUUAAUUAGGGAGGUGGAGUCUGCAGCCUAUAGAAGGAUUUCUGAUGUUGAGGCAUUUGUAAAAUGGCUAGAUGAACAACUGUCUUCCCUAGUUGAUGAAAGGGCAGUAUUGAAGCAUUUCCCACAGUGGCCCGAAAGAAAAGCAGAUACAAUUCGGGAAGCUGCUUGCAACUACCGAGACCUAAGGAACCUUAAAUUUGAAGUUACAUCAUUUGAAGACAACCUGAAAGAUCCUAUGAGCCAGGCCCUGAGAAGGAUGCAAGAAUUGCAAGACAGGUUGGAACGCAGUGUUAACAAUACAGAAAGAACUAGAGAAAGUACUAGCAAGAGAUACAGGGAUUUCCAGAUCCCUUGGGAAUGGAUGUUAGAUACGGGGUUGAUCGGCGAGAUGAAACUAAGCUCACUGAGGCUAGCCAAAGAGUACAUGAGAAGGGUCACCAACGAGCUGCAAUCUAAUGAAGGUUCAAAAGAAGAAAAUCUCAUGCUACAAGGAGUUCGAUUUGCUUACCGAGUACACCAGUUUGCAGGUGGUUUUGAUUCAGAGACCAUACAAGCAUUUGAAGAACUUAAGAAAGUAGGACUGAACGGUAACACAAAAUAGAUUCUGUCAACAGCCCCAAAAUGAGAUUGAAUAUUUAAACUGCUCAAUGAAAUACAAGCAGGAAAAUAGAAAUGUAUCUGAGAAUGGCUGAUCAAAUAUUUUAUGCUUGUGCAUAUCUGGUGAGAAUACCAGAUUAAGCUAGUUUUGUCGAUAAAUCUGUGCCUUUUUUUUUUUUCCCUCUCUUUUACUUUUUUUCCUCACACUGAUAAAGAAGGAUUGCAUAAUUACAGUAGAGCAUAAAAAUAUCAUAAUAUCCCAUAUCCAAAGAAGUCACCUUUUCUGCUACAAUACCACCAUAACAGCAAUUGCACCUCUUUUUUUUUUUUUUUUGUUAUCAUCCAGAUUGAUCAACGCCCUUUACAUUUCUUAGAACCAGCACCCACUAAAGAUCUAGCUCGGGUUGGUUUAUACAAGAAAAUCCUACCAGUUUCCGAGCAAUGAUGCAAAGGGCUCUGUCAAUCUUUUCUAUACUCAUCCAAACAAACAAAACACAAUCAAACCAAAUAAAGAACAAAUAACCAGCUAAAAAAGAAA